CGGGCGCGGGCGAAUAACCGGAAAAAACGCUGAAAAAAAAAGCGCGGAAGUAGAAAUUGUGUUUUGAUAUAAUUUUAGAAUUUUGUAGAACGUUGACGUUGGUUGAAUGGUGGUGCUGAGCUCUCAUUCAUGACUUUCUUUUUCUCGUCAAUUUUACUCUGAGAAACAAGGUUUAUAUCAAUCAUCUGAGAGAAGAACUAAUAGUGAGAGCCACUGGCGCUCUUGCGCCGGCUUUGCCUCAUGUUGACAGUGUGAAGAGCAAUUUCAACAAGUCCUUUUGUUUUAUUUUCUUAAUUUUAAAUUUAAUUUGGUGAUAACGAAAUUUGGAACAUGGAGCAAGUUCGGCCUUGUUAUCGAGAGGUCAUUCCUGACCAGACACUUCCUGAGAAAUGGAAAGACUUCACAUUGAACACAGGUGGUGCUCAAAGUACAUUACAAGAUAUUAAAGUUCCUCAAAGAGCAGGGGGAUAUGGCUACAAAGAUCCUUCAAAGCCAUACGGCAGAAACCGCUUUAUAUACUGGCGCCUAUACGAUGACGUACUUGAGUUGAUUGAACACAGCUUGGAUGUUAAUUUGAUCGGAAAUCAAGUGCGCUACAAGUUUCAAGAUUCUCCUGUACUUGAAGGACUUACUAUUCAUGAAACCUUGCAGGGUAUUGUUGUACUUGUUUGUACAGUAUCAAGCAUUCACAGACUAAAAUUUCCGUAUCUCGAUCGUGGAAAUAGACAGGACUUCAUUUGGAAUCAGCAUCCUGAAUCAAAUGUUCAAUCCAUAUUUGCCAAUGCUCCUGAUGCUCGUGACCCAGCAUCAUUUUCUGUUAUUAGCAAUAAUGCUACUAACACCCUGAUGCCAUAUUCUUCAGCUUCAUGGUUGUGUUCCAAUAAUGAUGCUCUAUUUGCUUUGGCAUACACAAAUGGAACAAUUUUACUUGCAAGACACAAUGACAACAAUGGUACUGUGGCCACAAUCGAAUUGAAGCAAGAAUCACUUACCUCACGUUUAUUUUUCCUAACUGGUGCACUUCGAGGAAGGCCAAGCGAAGAAAAUGCUGUAGCCAGCAUGACUCUUCACUCAUUUGGAGCAGACACAUACCUCUUUUGUCUUGGUAGAAGUGGUCAACUUAGGAUUUGGUCUUGCAGCAGAGGCCAAUGUGUAUCUGUUUCUGAUGUACUGGACGAUGCAGGGGAACAAGGCAAAAAUUUGACACAAGGUGCUCAAAGUCAUGUCCUGAAGAAGGCAAUUAGUUCUGUCAACAAUGACAAUGAACUUUUGUUGGGAGUUUUUCUUUGUUUUUCCACUGAAUGUCAAUUUGUGGUCUUGCAAGUGUCAUAUUUUUCUGGCAGUUUCCGCCCUACGCGUCUCUUUAGUAUUCGGGCACCUACCGGACAGGAUCUUGUGGACUUUGCUCUUUGUCAAUCACAACUUUGGGCUGUGUGGCGCAAUACUCAAGGCGAUACUGAUGUUUCUACUGUUAACAUUCGUCCCUCUUCUUCUGGAGGAGAUGCUUAUUGGAGGCACUCUGUCUUGGAACCUGGUCCAGACAGGGAGUUUGUUCUAAAUGAUGCAAUGGUCGAUGCUAGGCAAGCGUACAUUUCAUACAUAUUUCAUCCAGGUCGUUUUUCACUACCUGUCAUCAUGAAAGCUUUAAGUAUUUUUAGACGCUCUGCAGACCUCCCGAUGAUGAAUGAAAUGGGCAUCUCGCCAUCUGUCUUAAAAGAAAGAGUUUGUCAAGCUGUUGAAACUGAGAUACAAAAUGAAUUUUCAGACGAAGAGUACCUUGAAAUGCAGAAUGAAGUUUCUGAUGAAGAAUACUUAGAAGUAGCCAACCGGUGUUGGGAUAAAUUUUACUCUUGCUGUGUUCAAUACCAUCUAUCCGGAAGUCGUCCUAUUGGGCUGGUUCUCCUGUCUCCUAGUGGUGCUAAUAAUAGUUUGCCUCCUGUAACAUCUGGAGUCGCACUGGUUAACAAGGCCUAUGUAUCACUUUUGAGACCAAUGGAUCCAUUAGAGAUGCUCUUUACACUAGGACUUGGUCAUUCUGGAAAUUCUCAAUUUAUGGGUCUGAACUCUGAUGUAUCAAACCUGGUUCAAGUCAUAAAUAUGCUAGAAUUGCACCUCAGUGAAGAUACUAAAAUUGGUGUUGAGCGUGAUCUAUAUCGGUUGCUUAGUCCUGAAAAAGUUAUUGGCAAACUAGCUCAGGAUCUUCUUGGUGACUCAAUGCAUCAGGAAUUUGAGUCUGAUCUCAUGCAGCAACAUCUGAGGAAUAUUAACAACAUUCCAGCUGCCAUUGAAAACCUAUUAAACCGCCUUGUUCUACCACCAAUUUCUGACUUUGAUCCAAGCCAGAUACCAGCGGGAGACAUGUCAAGGCAACUGUUGUCAGUGAGCCUUCUCUUCAGCAGUCACAUUGGUAUCAGUACCAUUGCAGAAACCACACGACAGAUUGCUAUUAUGAGAUUCUCAUUGUGUCGUAACUUGUUGCUAUUGCAACAAAUUUUGCUACAAAGAAAUGAGGAGACCUAUGAACUAAGGAGUAGACUGAUUCCAAGAACUGUUACCUUGAUUCAAGCAUACCUGGUAAUGGUAUGGAUUUGUGAUACUCCUGCUUCUCCAGUUGUCAAGCCCAAUGUUUUGGAAAGCAGCAUUCAGAGAAUGUCUAUCUUGACACUAAGUGAUGCAAACAGUACAGCUGCAGCUAUUGCUGCAUCUCUAGGCUCACUCAGAGCAAUGCAAAAAACUUACUCUCUGCUUGAACUCUUCCUUCAGGCAACUGGUGUGCAGCAAGUGCACAGACAGUUAGCUUGUCUUGGUCCUGAGGCAGACCUCUCAAUGCUUUCAUUUGUGGCCUUACUUUGCCAACUGAUAUGGCCAAUAUCUGACCAUUUUGUGUUUCCCGAGUUCCUCUUAGCCUCUUGCCAGCAUUUGCUUGUGCAGGAGUAUGUUCGUCUUUCAAGCAAAUGGUGUGAGUCAAAUAUACGAUCAAGAAAGUUUUUACUUGGCUCAGCUCUGCUUGACAUGGGUGAAGCUCACAAAGCUCUUGAACUAUUUGUUGAAGCUUCCAAUGAGCUGAGGAAUGAAGCAUUUAUGAAUAGACAAAUUGGUGCAUUUGAGGAGAGUUCAGAGAGUCGAUUGUUAGUUACUUAUUACUUGAAAGUGAUACAGCUGUUCGAGCAACAAAAUUAUCCUGACUGUGUAAUUCAGCUUGCUGAAAUGGCAAGUCAAGUAGCUGAAAGGGAUGAUCCAGAUCUACCAACUCUCCAUUCCAUUGCCUUUGUCAACCAUCUCCGGCUUGAACACCACCAAGAAGCCUAUCAGUCACUCAAUUCAAACCCGGACAGUGCUCGCCGCGUAGACUGUUUGCGGCAACUUGUUGUGAAUCUAUUUGAACUUCGUAGAUUGGACCUCUUGCUUGAAUUCCCAUAUGAAAAUCUUGUGCAAGAUCUGGAAAGAAUAGUUGAAUCACGAGCACGAUCUCUUGAUAUCAGCAAUCCUGCUUUCUAUAAUUUCUUAUAUGCUUUCCAUAUCAAGAAACUUAAUUUUAGGAAAGCUGCCACAGUCAUGUAUGAGCAAGGAAUGCGCUUGGGCUGUGAAGGAACACAUUCAGCUGAACUUACUGAGCGGCAAGCAAAAUGUUAUCUAGCGUGUUUGAAUGCUUUGCAGUUGGUUGAUCCCAAGUAUGCAUGGAUUGUUAAGCCUGUUGUCUCUAGUGACGGAGAUGAUGAUAUUCCUAGCAUGAGUCCCAAACGAGGAAGUGAUGGGGUAAAGCUAAAUAAGCCCCAGUGGAAAAGGCAGGUGGAUGUCAUGGAAAUUGAACACAUAAGAACAGAGUUUGAAGUAGUCCAAUGCCGAUUAAGAUUGUUGAGGCACUCCCCAGACAAAUACAGGCGCACAGGUUGUCGUCUGGCACCAAAUGAAUUAGUUGCUGUCCUGUCACAAGUUGGUAUGUACCAAGCUGCCAUCAAAUUAUGUAGAGCUCACAACUUACCUUACCAGCCUGUUCUUGAAAGUCUUGCAUCGGCUUGUGUGAGGCUUACAAACAUGGAAAGCUCCAACAGAGACCCUACAACUGCAUGGGAGUGGUUGUCGGAGAACGAUUUACGAGGUCUUGGCAUUGAUGAAAGCAAUCCUGUUAAGUUAGCUUGGCGUAUGCUGGAAGUCACCCUCAUGGCCUGUGAAAAAGACAUGCAAACUAUUCUCCACAGAGCUGUUUCAAACAGACUUUUAGCUCUAGGUGUCUUUCUUCCUAAUUGGUUGGUGACAUCCUACAAAGAAAGGAAUCUCUCUGAAUUAUUGAGGCUUCUCUUAAGGACUGGACGUCUUAUGGAGGCAGGAGCGUUGGCCGUGGAGUGUUUGGUCGCAGGAAGAGACAAACUUAGUCCAUAUGUCAAUCCAACUUGCCUACCUAUCAGAACUAUUGAACUCCUUUGUUUAGAGUUGAAAAAAGUCACUGAUAGUGAUGAAGAAUAUAAAAAGCUCUUUGAGGAAGUGACAACUGCAUAUUCAGUGUAUUUAACUGAUGCCAUGAAAGAAACAGCUCGUUUGGUUCGGUCCUCUUAAUCUACUGCUAUGUUUAAAUAUGUACUUGAAAUAUCUAAUUUUUAAAAUAUUGAAAACAUGUACUAAUUUUACACGUUUAACAUUGGUUGUGUACAAAGUGUGUAAUUUUGUCCUUGUGUUUGUAUAGGAGCCUAGUAGUCAACAUUAUUGUGUGUUAUGAACUCUAUUUGUUUGGAAUUCCAUGUAUAAAGUGUAAUUUUAUGAACCUACAUUAAAAAUUUAAAUCUAC